AUUUUAUUGAAAAGUGCUGUGCUGUAACAAAUCAAAAACAGAGCACAAACAAAUUGUUUCCCUUAGAAUACUAAAACCCAUAGCAUAGAACAUAUUCUUUCAUGUUCAUUAUUUGCAACUUUUAAUAUAAAUAUUCAUUCAGCAUUGUAUUUAUUUUUUUGUUAGUGUGGUUAUUUCAGAUAUAGUACAUCCAGAACCAGUUUUGUCUAAAAGCCAUCACCUAGAAAAUUUGUUUACUACUGCUAAUUACCCAUGUAUAUCAAAACUUCAAUGUUUUACCCCAUCCUACCUUUAAUUUUAUAUUAAAAGUUCGCAAAAUCAUAGAAUAAAACAGCAAAUCCUACAAAUGUGAUCGAAAGCAUUUCGUUAUUAUUAUUAUUCAGUUAUUACAAAUAAUUGAACGAAAUCGAGAUCAUAAAAUUUAACAAUCGGCUGGUUGACACUUUUGUCGUGGACAAAAAGUGUUAAGUAACGAUUGCAUUUCAUAGAACAUAGAUCCGAUCAUAGCUCACCUACCAUAAACUUCGCCAUAACAAAAAACUUGAUCUGAACUUGGCAGAAUUUCUGCCUGUCUUGCGUUCCAUUAGUGGGCGGUGGCGCCGGCUAAGAAGUAAAUAAUGGGCUCUGAUCAACAAUUCUGCCUGCAGUGGCAUAAUUAUCAGAGUAGUCUGUUGGCUUCACUACCUCAGUUAUUAGAUAGUGAUGAUUUAACAGAUGUCACUCUAUCUGCUGGUGGACGAAAUAUAAAAGCACACAGGGUGAUAUUGUCUGCAUGUAGCCAAUACUUCAAAGAUCUAUUUAAGGUGUUACCACCCAUGCAACAUCCAGUUAUUGUUUUGCCUGGUACUAAUUUCACAGAUUUAUGUGCUCUUGUCACAUUUAUGUACAGUGGAGAAGUAAACAUCUAUCAAGAACAAUUGCAAGGCAUUCUAACUAUGGCUGAUGCCAUGCAAAUCAGAGGUUUAGCUGAAGUGAAUGGAGCCGCACAAAAUGAUAUACAAGCUAAGAAAGAUGGUCAUGGAUCUGCAAAACGACCAAGAUUAUCCACUCAUCAAAAUUUAAUGUUUCCUGUUGUAAAUCCUGUUGUAAUUGAAACAAGUACAAAAAGACCGUUGUUGGCGGAAUCUGUAGACAUGUCUGGGAAUUUAAUGGCAAAUUCAAAUUUUGAAAUCUAUGGGGAAUCUCGAUCCUCAUCUAAUAUACAAAAAAAUUCUCAAGAAGAGUUGCAUUUUGAAAGUGGAAAUAAAAGUGAUAGCGCAAAGCUGAAGAGUGCAUCAGAAAAUCUAGAUAUUUAUAUGAAUGCUUCCAGAAAUGAUAAAGGAAGAAAAUCAGCUCUAUUGCCUGAAUCAGAUGUAAUGCAUUAUGUGGAAGACACUGCUUACUCAUCACCCAAUCCUCCACCUAUGGGUUCUCCUGGAACAUCAGAAGAUACAAGAAUAAAACUAGAGCCUGAACAUCAUGAUUUUGGAGUGUGUGGUGGAGAAAGUAGUAUUAGUCGACAAGCAUUGACUGGUUCAACUGGAGAGGGACAAAAACUGCCUGGGUUGGACUGUGAAAAUGGCCAAGAUCAGCAGUCACCAUGCUCUGAUGAUUCAGUUGGCAGUAAUUUUGGAGCAGAAUCAAAGUUGGACCGAAUGCAGGUUGGUCAAGGUGUACAUCUUUCUAGUCAAAAAUUUUCAGCUCCUUACAACAAACUUAGUACUACAACUCACAGCAGCAAGUUGUUUGCAACUUGCAUUGUAUGUGGAAAACAGCUGAGUAAUCAGUACAAUUUGAGAGUUCAUAUGGAAACUCACCAGAACGUUAACUAUGCCUGUCGAGUUUGUAAUCAUGUGUCUCGUUCUCGUGAUGCAUUGCGAAAACAUGUUUCUUAUAGACACCCCAAGGAGAAUAAAGACAGACUGUCUGUUGGGGGCAUUGCUAGAGAAGGGAGUCUGUUAUCUGCCAGUAAUAAUGGUGUAUCAGGCACUAAUAGGAAGCCAAAGUUAUUUACUACUAAUAGUGACAUAAAACAAUAACAACCAAGUGUAUUUUACCUUGUGUUUUGAAGACUUGUGUGUUAUUUAUAUUACACACAAACUUAUUCGACCCUCUCUUAAAAUCUCCAAGAAUUAUUCUUGAUUGUUGUUUAAAACAAUUGUGUGAAAAGUGUUAGAAUGAUUGAUUCAUAAAAAUUGAAGGGAGUCAGCAAUAUUUUGAGAGAUUUUUGUUGUUGUUAUUGUUGUUGUUAUGUUUGUCUUUUUCCAACUGUGAUAAAAUCUUCCUUGACAUAUCACCGUAGGUAUUAGGAAAUUUUUUGAUGUUACUAUUCAAGAAUGGUAUUAUGAACUAUGAAUUUGUGGUUUGUUCAGUUAUAGUAAUGGGAUUGUCUGGGUGAUUAUCCAUUUGAGCCAUUCAUAGUACAACCCGUUACUGACUUUUUAAGGUAGAUCUUGGUUUGUUUGAUAAGUCAAUUUGAUUUCAAUGUUCUUGAAUGUUAUGAUCACAGACUGAACAUGUUGAAGUUUUUCUUCCAAGACAUGGGAAACAUUUAAUGGGUAUUUGUUGUCUUAUGCCUGGUGUUAUAUGUAGGUCCUGUGGGCCAGAACCCAUGGAACCAAUUUUGGAGGUGCACAAAAAUGAUCAAAAGAACUCUUGUUUUAUUUAAUUGUACAUGAACAAAAAUGUUUCUAUAGUAAUUUCUUCUUCAUUCACUUUAAAAGAAGUGAUUAACAGAUUUAAGAGAAUAUCUGCCAAGACUGCAAAACAUGGAGAAAGCUUGUGAAUACUUCUGUGUUGCAUCAACACUCAGACUUUUGCUGGUCAUCUAAUAUGAAUGGUCUGGAGUUUGGUUUUGUAUAAGACCCUGAAAAAAUCCUGUGGCCUACAUGAGUGGACCAUGAAUUUCCCCUUUGUCCCUCUUGUUCACAAACUGUUUUUUCUUAGAACCAAAAAAUCAAGAAGGGAGGGGAGGUAACCCUCUCCCUCUUGCCAUAUGCCCAUGGUGU